AUACUUCCGAAGGCAGAAGGUCUAACAUAUCCAUUCCCAUUUUCAUCUUUCUCUGCCAACAACAAGUUGUCAAUAUGGAUCCUGUUCUUCUGCUUAUGGUGAAAGUUGAUGGUACUUGGGACAAUGACUACAACUUCAAUUGCAGAUCCACCUUUGCUAUGCAAGUUCUUUUCUCUGCUAACUACACAGCAUUCAUGGAACAAUUAUCUUCCAUAUUUUCUCCUUACAAAUCAAAUAACCACUUUAAUCUUUCUUACAUUGUUGAUGGUUGUCCUCCAUCUGUUUCUAUCCAUGAUGACGAAACGUUUCGUUUUUACCUUUAUCUUAAGUCUCUUCAAACUGAUUUUCAAAAAUCUCCCUUGUGUGUGGAAUUCUUGGUUGAUCAACCUGUUGCACAACCUGUUGUAUCUUGUCCCACAAAUUCC